AGAGACUGAGCAGAAGGGUGCAGUUUUUUUUGUUUUUUUUUUUUUACCGGCGUUGCUGGGCAACUUAAGUCCUAGGUCAACUUCAAAUUUGAAUGCGAAAAACUUCCAUUGUGGAAGCUACAGUAUCGUAUCGCCAGGCGGGUGUGAUGUAACAGGUGCCCCUGUUGCUGUUGAGCUUCAGUUACCAGUGCGUCGUUUCCAUCCGCAUUCGUCUCGUCUGCACCCUUUGCCGCAGUGGCUGUUGAGAUGACCAAGAUGGGUGUGGUGGACGUCCGCCAGCCUCUCGGGGACGAUGGCGAGCAGCGUCGUGAGCGGCGUGCCUGGCACCACGACGCGCAGGCCCUGCACGAGCUGGCCCCGGACCUCCCCGUGCUGCCGGGGCCCCUCACGGAGUACCGCCAGAUGGCCUCGUUCGACUGGAAGCAGCUGCGCGUGCUCCUGGAGGACCCGGAGACCCUCAGAGUCAAGAUGAACCUGUGGAGGAAACUGGAAGCAGACCCUAUGUUUGCUCACCCAAAAGCGACACCUUCCGUAGAAGAACAAAAGCGGCAUGUGGCAGUUCAGUUAAAACGAUUUGUUGAGAUUAAUUUAAUUCCACGGGAGGUUCACUCCUGGGGCUACAAAAAUAAGACUAAGUUUAUGAUGGCAGUGAAUGCAGCAACUGCAUCCUGGAACAAAAAUUUGUCUGUGAAAUUUGGCUUGGGUGUUUCAUUAUUCACAAAUGCCCUUCUUAGUCUUGGAACUGAGAGGCAUUUGCCUUUCUACGAAGCUGUGUGGGACAACAAGUUCCUAUUUUGUUUGGGAAUGACAGAGGUUGGCCAUGGAAGCAACACCAAAAGUGUUCGCACAACAGCAACAUACGACCCCAAAACUCAAGAGUUCAUCAUACACACUCCCGACUUUGAGGCUGCCAAGUGUUGGGCUGGUAACCUAGGUAAAACUUGCACCCAUGCAAUGCUUUUUGCUCAGUUGUACACGGCUGAUUCUUGCCAUGGGCUUCAUGCUUUCCUUGUGCCCAUUCGUGAUCCAGAAACUCUUACUCCAUAUCCUGGAGUUAAAGUAGGUGAUAUUGGAGAGAAGGCAGGUUUAAAUGGCAUUGACAAUGGGUUUGCUAUGUUUGAUCAUUUCCGUAUCCCAAGAGAGAAUCUGCUGAACCGCACUGGUGAUGUGACUCCUGAUGGUGAAUAUGAAUCGUGCUUCCAAAACCCAGAGCAGAUUCUUGGAGCUGCUCUGGAAAAUUUAUUAGCUGGUCGUGUUGCCAUUUCUCAAGAAAGCACUCAUGACCUAUGUGCAGCUGUAACCAUCGCUGUACGCUAUGCUGCUGUGAGGAAGCAAGGAAGUCCUCGUAAUUCUAAAGAGGAACUGUCAAUCUUAGAAUAUCCUCUCCAUCAAUGGCGUCUAUUUCCUUAUGUGGCUGCUGCCUGCUCUUUCAAAGUAUUCAUGGAUCUCUUUACCGACCAGUAUUUGGAGAUUGUUGAACAGUCUUACAAGGGUGCUGAAAUGAAAGAUAUAACUUCUAUGGCUGCAGAGGUUCAUGCCAUAGUGUCUGCCAUGAAGCCCUUAAUAACAUGGACAUGUGCCUCAGCUCUCCAGGAAAGUAGAGAGGCCUGCGGAGGCCAUGGUUAUCUAAAAUCCUCAAUGCUUGGAACUAUGAGAGCUGAUCAUGAUGCCACUGUUACUUAUGAGGGAGACAACAAUGUAUUAUCUCAACAAGCUAGUAAUUGGGUUGUCAGACACUGGAGUUUGGCUAAGCAGGGCAACUCUGCCGCUCUCCUCGAUGCAUCCCCUCUUGGCACAUUAAACUUCCUCUUGAAUGCCGAAGAUAAACUGAAAAAACGUUUUACUGGGACAUCAAAGACUGAUGUGAUGAAUGCGCACUUUGUGAUGGCUUCCUAUGAAUGGUUGUUAUGUUGGCUGACCAAGGCUCUUGACAAUCAACUUCAGAAGCUGAAAAGUGCUGGUGUUGAUCGUUUUACUGCUCGCGCAGAAGUUCAGGCUUUCUAUGCUAAACCACUGGCUUUAGCAUAUGGCGAGAAUAAUGUAUUGUGUUAUUUCUGGGAAAAAAUCCAGACACCAGGAAUCCCCAGUGAAAUUAAAUGUGUACUUGAACGACUCCUUGUUCUUUAUGGUCUAUGGGGUAUCCAAAGGCACUUUGUUAUUUUUUAUAGAGGAGGCUAUGCAACUGGUUCUCAAUUAGCUGAUUUGGUUCAAGAGGCAUGUCAGACAGUUUGCAACCAACUGAAACCUGAUAUUGUUGCCAUCGUUGAUGCUAUUGCUCAUCCAGAUGCGGUUGUUAAAUCUAUUUUAGGACGAUCCGAUGGAAGGAUUUAUGACCACCUUUAUGAUGCUUUCAUGUCUCAACAAGGACAUAUGGAGCGGCCUGCUUGGUGGCGUGAGGUAGCAGCCAAGCCUCAAUCAAAACUAUAAAUAUUUAAUGAAAGCAUUUGGUUUGGUAGGUCAUCUCUAGUGAAGAUAUCAUGUCAUGAUUAACACAGGUACUAUGAUACAACAGUAUUGCGAAUGUUUUGAGUCAGAAUGUAUUUUCCUGUUCUUUGUAUUCUCAACUAUGAUCAGAGUUGAUAUUUUUGUAUUGUGUUUGUACAGAAAAGUACUAGUAAGUUCCCUAGGUUUCAACUAGGCUACAAGUUUCAAGUUAACGUAAUCUCAGUAUUUUUAAAUUUGUAUUUUCUGUGGCAAUAUUUAAAGUCUAUCUUUAAGGUCAUCGGCUGUGCAGGUUGCAGCAUCCACUUGUUCCUUCAAAUUAUUAUAAUUUUGAUCAAUGCAGUAUUUGAUUUUGUUACAGUAUCCCUAAUUUAUACUCCUUAUCUUGAAAUUUAUUUAUUAAUGUCAUUCUUGUCAGCCAUUUGCAGUGUGAAAGAUAUUAACUUUGAAGACUGUGUGUUAGUGUGUGUAAAUAUGAUUGUUACUGUGGUGUCAUUCCAGUUACUUAAAACAGAUUAGGGGAACAAAUACGGGAUGUUCUUAACAGUAGUUAGCCUUGUCUAGUGUUUAUGUAAGUUAGGAAUCUUGAUCCUUAUUUAUGAAUGCAUUACUAGACUGGUGAUCACACCACAUGAUUUUUAUCUUUCAAUAUGUAUGAAAUCUUGAAUAUCAUGUAAAAUGAUAUUUGUUUGUGUUCCUAAGAAGAAAAAAAACUUGAUAUUUCUCACCUAAUUAAGUUUUUAAAUCACAGUUGUUUCCUUUAGAUUUAGUUUCUAAGAAAACAAAUAUUCUUCCAUUCUUUGCUUCCAUUUUCAAGUCAUUUGCAUAAAUUUGUCAUUUAUUCAUUGUACACCACCCUUAAUUGUUUCUUCCACAUCUUGCAGUCAAUGUUGGUUCUAAAAACCUGCUUGUUAUAAAUGGGUGAAUAACUCACCCAGAUCUGGUCAUUUUCUGUGGUUGACCAAAGAGUAUUCAUUACUGUUACCUUAAAUGACUGUUGAUUUAUCUUGAAAUGACUUCAACCUUCUUUAGAGGCUUGUUACAAAAUGAUUGAAAGCCAAAUUGAUCCAGAUUUUUAUAGAGUAUAUGAUUUGUUUUAAAAUAGCUCAUUCAAAAUGGCAGGUGAUAAGGUCAAAUUUACUAAAUUGAGAGGGACAACCUUACCUGAUGAAGGUCUCUAAUUUGAAUUCUUGUAGAUUCAACCUAACUUCUAAAUGUUCUCAAUUAUUGUUUGUUGUGCAUUUGAUGCUUUUUUUUUUUUUUCCGUCUUUGAUUGUGAUCUUGCCUGCUCUUCAUGUCUUGCCGUCUGCUAUUGCAUUUAUGUUUUUUGAACGAUUUGUGGCGGAGUCUGUUGCUCCUAUUGAUUACUCACUCAACAUGAAUUAAUAAUUUUAUAGUGCCUUCUCCUUCAUUUGGUUAAACUGUGCUGUAUGGGCAGCAGCUUCUUUUUCCUGUUUUUUAUAAAUGUGUGAGGAUGUAAAAACAAUAAAAAGCUUUGUUUUAUA